CGCAAUUUCCUAACCCCGCCUCUGCAGACGGCGUUCUGUAUGGAUCGAUCUUGGACUAUUCUUUUUCGUACGUUAAUCAGCAUAAUAUUAUUUUUACAAUAAUUAUUCUUCUUUCAUAUUAACAAUCGUUUUCGGCGUUUCAAGUUUUCCGUUCCAAUCUUCCACGGAAUUCCUCGUCGUGCAUUACGCACCAUAGAUAAAGAAGUCAUUUUCCGCCCCCACCCCGCGCCCCCGCAGUAAGCCAUAGAGCAACGCAAUCCGUUUCGCGCACUCGGUGGCUCGGUCGCAGGUCGCAACUCGCCACCAACGCUCCACAAGUAGGCACGACGCUCGUCCCGAAGUCUGCUUUUUAGUGCGCGCGCGCCGGACGAACCACAUCGAUCAGACGCGGUCCCGUCGUCAUCGCGAGUUUUUCUCAUUUCCAUUUCGCCGUCCGUCCGACCGAUUCGAAUAUCGCAACAUUGCGGCGUCCCGCAACAGCAGCAAUACAGCCGACGACACGGUUCCCGCGACAAGAACGCGACGUGUCUGGAGACUUGUCAAAGACGCCGAUCUUUGGCCAAGUCGACGGAAGCGAACGACAUUCGCUAAUAAUUUCACCGUCAGUCCCGCGUCCCAGAAGGGCGACACCAUUUAUAUGAAGUUUCUCGACACGGUAUCGCCAUCAUUAUCCAGAGCAAGGUCUGGGAGUUGUAAAAAGCUCAUAGAGCCAUUCAUUGGCCCAGCUACAAGGUGCAUGAUUUCUUUAAAAUACCAAGGUUUUAGUUUUCGAAAUUUGUUGGAACAGGACAUCAAAAUACUGCUGCAACCGACACAGGAAAUCGCAACCAUUCAGGGAAACGUGACGGGUUACACUUAAUAUAGGAACAAUACAGCUGCAAUCAUGGGUAGCUUAAACGUUAAUCGGAAUGUCAGUGAUGCAUUCUAUCGAUAUAAAAUGCCUAGACUUAUGGCUAAAGUCGAAGGCAAGGGUAAUGGCAUCAAAACCGUAAUUGUCAAUAUGGCUGAAGUAGCUAAAGCUAUUGGAAGACCGGCUACAUAUCCAACUAAGUUCUUUGGCUGUGAAUUAGGUGCACAAACUCAAUUUGACUUUAAACAUGAUAGAUUUAUUGUAAAUGGAGCUCAUGAUGCUGGCAAACUUCAAGAUCUUUUGGAUGGUUUUAUUCGGAAGUAUGUAUUAUGUCCAGAGUGUGAUAAUCCUGAAACUGAAUUGAUGAUCAGUACUAGAAAGGGAACAAUACAUCAGGGUUGUAAAGCUUGUGGUUACUAUGGCUCUUUGGAAUCUAAUCAUAAACUGAAUGCCUACAUAUUGAAGAAUCCACCAAAUUUAAAUCCAGCAGCUCAAGGAUCAUCUUUAACUGAAGGAAAACGUAACAAGCGUUCUAAGAAUGGUGGCAAAAACGGUGAAGGAGGCAGGUCUAGUUCUCCAGAAGACAACAAUUCAGAAUUGAUUGUUGAAGCUCCAGGAAAAUUAGCUGAAGACGACAGUAAUGAUAAUUGGGCUGUUGAUGUAUCUGAAGCCGCAGUUAGAGCUCGUAUGCAAGAUUUAACUGACGGAGCUAAAGGAUUAACCAUUGAUGAAGAUACAGAUAAGACUGAAAAAGAAAGAAUGGAUAUAUUUUACAACAAGGUUCAAAAAGCACGUGAUUCCGGUUUAAUUUCAGAUUCAGUUACAAUCAAAGAAAUUGUGGCUGAAGCUGAGCGCUUAGAAGUAAAGAGCAAAGCUACAUUAGUGUUAGCUGAACUAUUGUUUGAUGAUAAAAUCCAUUUGCAGUUGAAAAAACAUCGUGUCUUGUUCUUACGUUUUUGUCAUGAGGAUCAAAAGGCUCAACGAUAUCUUUUGGGAGGAAUAGAACAAGUGAUUGGACUCCAUAAAAGUAGUUUGUUGCCAAAAGUUUCUGCUAUACUAAAGCUAUUCUACGAUGCCGACAUUUUGGAGGAGUCUAUAUUAUUAGACUGGGCUAGUAAGAUUAGCAAGAAAUAUGUCUCUAAAGAACUUAGCCAGGAAAUACAUAACUAUGCUAAUCAGUUCAUUACAUGGUUACGUGAAGCUGAAGAAGAAGAAGAGAGCGGAGAUGACAGUGAUGAUGAUGUAGAGAUUGAAUAUAAUGACCGUGUGCAUACUAGCACAUUAAAAGCAAAACCCGUACUGCCAGUUGCUGUCAAAUCCAAUGCUGAUGAUAAUGAAGAUGAUGUUGAUAUUGAUGCCAUCUAAAAAUAUCUUAGUGGACAGAACAUGCAAAAUUUAAUUAUCCAAAUAAAUUUAGUUUACAAUAUUCUAUAAUCAAAUAUACACUGCAGAACCAACUAAUUAAUGUUAAACAUUUCAUUUACCAGAUUCUAAUUUACAAUAUAUAUGAAUAUUAGGUAACAUUUAAAAUACUUCUUUGUAUCCUUUGUUUUUUUUUUUUAUUAUUAUUUAUUUAUAAUUGGUAGGUUACUUCAAAUAUGUUUUACUAAGUUGCUAUUCACUAUUAUACAAGUGAAUGAUGCCACAAGCUAAAAAUGUAUUAAAUUACAGUAGCCAUUCUAAUAAAGAUUUCCAGUAAUUAAAAAUUAAUUAUGUGACUUUAUUUUAAUUUUUACUUCCCAGACACUGAAAAUUAUAUUGUAACACUAAUCAGCACAACAUAUUUGUACAACAUGGAUAUAUGUUUCAAAUACUUAAACAUAUUUUGAUUCAAUACAGAUGAAGUUACUACAUAAUAA